AUAUUGAACAUUGGCUGGCGAAAAGGUAAUUUGUGUGUGAUAAAUUUUGCUUAAAUUUCCGUCAAAAAAUCGCGUCUAAAUUGCCAAAAACAGUGAAAACGCGUACAUCGAGUGACCGUCAUCGGAUUUUCGCCAAAUUUACGGGUCAAGCAGCGCACUAAAAGUGCAAAAAUCCGGAGAAAAAAGAACUUCCGUGUGACAUAGACGACACACAGAGUCACAUACAGGGUGAGGAAUCAAAAAUUAAAAGUUCAACCGAAACAAAAAAGGAUUUAACGAGAGAGCUUCAACAUGUCGACACCAGCUAGAAGGCGAUUAAUGAGGGAUUUCAAAAGACUUCAAGAGGAUCCACCGACUGGCGUUUCGGGCGCCCCGACAGACAACAACAUAAUGAUAUGGAAUGCUGUGAUUUUUGGUCCACACGAUACGCCUUUCGAGGAUGGGACCUUCAAAUUAACGAUAGAAUUUACCGAGGAGUAUCCGAAUAAGCCACCAACCGUACGAUUUGUGUCGAAAAUGUUCCAUCCGAAUGUGUAUGCGGACGGCGGUAUUUGCUUGGAUAUUUUGCAAAAUCGAUGGAGUCCCACAUACGAUGUCUCAGCCAUAUUGACAUCGAUACAGUCCUUACUCAGUGAUCCCAAUCCAAACUCUCCCGCAAACUCGAUGGCUGCACAACUAUACAAAGAGAACCGUCGAGAGUACGAGAAACGAGUCAAGGCUUGUGUAGAGCAGAGUUUCAUCGAUUAGCCCAUUUAAGGAACACACACAAAAAAAAACUUUGAAAGGAGGAGCAAAGAAGAGAAGAACUGCAAAGGAAACCAUCAAACUGUGGCGAAUUACACAUAACACUUUAUAAUACUACACACACACAUAAACACACACACACAAAAUAUUAUAAAAGAAAAAUAAUACAUUGAAGUAAUAAAAUAUCUCUGUUAUUAUAAUCAUCAAAAUAUCUAAUAAAAAAAGGAAAAAAAAUAAUAAAAAAAUAUUUAGAGCAAAAUUAGGCCAUAAAAAAAUCUCAAUUUCCUUUGAACUUUUUUUUUUAAUUUUUUUCUUCUAAAUCUCAUAAUUAAUGGCUACUUAGCUAAAUUUCUUUUAAAAAAGUCCCCCCGUGUUAGAGUGAGUGUUUCCGGCGUAUCAUCUCGGUGAGCCUUAAUUCUUUUAUUUUUUGAGUUAUUUCUGUCACUUUCAAGCAAUUUCUUUUCAAUUCACGAAAUUUUCCUUAAAUACUGUUCAAAACUUAAAGUAGAAAUUUCCUGCAGUAAAUAAAAAAUACAAAAAAAAAGUAUAUUUAAAUAGAAAACUACCCUUAUUUGAACGGAGAACAUUAAUUAAAAAUAAUGUAGAAUUUAAAAAAUUUUAAAUUGUAAGCGAUAAAUAUAUAUUUUGUGUCUAAUAUCUAA